AUGCGAGAUGGUAGUGCUAAGAAGAGGUCAUCACAUAAGAAGCGCCAAUAUCGCUCCAACCGUGACUCGUCUACAAGUGUCAGCCCCAGGCGCAGUUCUCGCAGGGAGAGGAGUAAGUCCCGCCGUCGCAGCAGCCGCCGCCGAUCGCUGGACCGGCGCGAGCGAGACAGGGAGCGCGAACGCGAGCGCGAGAGGGAGCGAGAGAGAGAACGGAGACGGCGCGAAAGAGAGCGUAGGGAGAGGUCGCGAGAACGCCGCCGUUCGCUCGAAAGACGUAGGCGCUCGCGGUCGCGUUCGCGAAGGCGUUCCAGAGACAGGUCCGGGGACCGGCGCCGGUCGCGCUCGCGCAGGCGGUCCCGCUCGCGCCGCCGCUCGGGCCGCCGCUCUCGCGACCGCCGCUCCAGGGACCGCCGUUCUAGGGACAGAUCCAGCCGCGACAGAAGAGACAGGUCUAAAGAGCGCAGCGUCAAGGACAGCAGGAGGUCGAGGGACAGGAAGUCUCGCGACAAGAGGUCCAGCGACCUCAUCAAAGAACGCCUGGAGAAGUCCGUGUCUAUACCACGGAAAGAAAACCUCGAAAAACCACGCAAGAAGUCUGCCGAAAGGAUUUCAAUCGCACGCGAGGAGCUCUCCAAAGAACGAGUCAUAUCCAGUUCGAGCAGGGAAUCCUCUGUGGCCAACGACAAAUCCGCCGCCCAAAAUGAUAGCCAAGUUAAAGCUGUACAUUCUACUGAUGACGAAAGGGAAGAAUUUAUACCGAUACCUACUCUACGAGAGUACUCCAAGAGCCUGUCACGCACGCCGUCGCCAUUCUUGAGAAAACAUGAGAUUGAAAAUAACAAAAAAUCUGACAGAUCUUGCGAUGACGCUUCUGGCAAAGAACACCAAGAAGAAGAGCCUAAAGUCAAGGAGGUUAAAAAAGCUAAACGCAAAUCCCGCCAUACCGAAUCAGAAAGUGAAAGUAGUGAAGAGGUUGCUAAGUCAAAGAGCAAAGCAAAACUUAAACGUAAAGAAAAAGUUACCUCCAAGAAGACAAAGAAACCUAAAAAAGAGAGCUCCUCCAGUGACAGUGAGUCCGAGGAGUCGUCGUCGAGUGACUCUGAAGAAGAUAGGAAAAAGAAGAGCAAGAAGACUUCAAAGAAAAAGUUGGCAAAGAAAUCAAGGAAAAAGAGGGCCCGCUCUUCGAGUUCGGAAUCUAGUUCUGAAGAGGACGUCAAACAUAAGAGUUCUAAAAAGAAGAACAUUCCAGAAGAGUCUGAUACAGACAAGAAAUCAAAGAAGCGUUUGAAGGAUCCUAGUGUAGAUCGUUCGAGGUCAGAGAAAGUGGAUGGGAAACAAUCUAAGUCAAAGAAAGCUGAUAAUUCUGAAGACUCGCACGCUGAAAGCUCCGAUAGCGAUGCGAAGUCGAGCAAAAAGAAAGUUGCGAAACGCGAUUCCACUAGUUCGGAUAAAGAAGCUCGACGAGGUAAAAAAGUUGACGUAUCCAAAGAAAAGCCACCUUCGCCUGAAGUAAAGUCCAGGAAAGGUGAAGAAAAGGUGUCAAAGCAGAAGCAUUCUGAAGAUCACAAAUCUAAGUCACGCGACGAACCUGAGAAGAAAGCGAAGAAACGAGAGAAGGACGACUCCUCCUCAGACAGCGAUCAAGUAACUAAAAAGAAGCCAAGAAAGAAGGUGUCUGAAUCUGAAUCCGAAUCGGACAGUGACGAACCUAAAAAAUCAAAGAAAACUAAAAAGCAUAAAAAACACUCGAAGAAGCAUAAGAAACACAAAAAACAUAAGAAAGCAUCCAAAAAGAAGGACGACUCCUCCGACAGCGAGGAGGCCGAGGAGGAGGAGGAGGAAGGAAAAGUUAACAAUGAAGACCUAGAAAAGAAACUUCGCGAAAGAGCUUUAAAAUCUAUGAAGAAGCAAACGAGUGUGUCUGGCUCCGAAUAACAACCGGCACAUAACUCUUUUCGUCCACUUUUGGAGUAAUGCUGACUUUUAAGUAGUGUAACACUAUUACAUAUUAAUGUUUUUUAUUUUAACUAAAUGUUGCUAAACAUUUUUGGAAUGAAUUAGCAUGUAUGAUUUAAUGAUUACGUGUAUGUCACAUUGUUAGUAAUAAUAAAGUCUUGAAACUAUGCAAAUUGUAUUUUAUUAUGUUACAUCUUCUGUUAUACUUAAAACUACCUACAUAACAUUACUUUGGAUAAUACUUUGGUUAGCUUACAUAAAUA